GGCGUUUAGCGCUCAGAAUGCCGAAUAAGGACCUGUCAGGACAGUGAAUGGACAUUUGUAACUCCGUUUGAACCGCGUCAACGUAAGCAGCGCGUCGUCGCUUGCGUUUCACCAUCGCGAACACAUCGAGCUCGUUCGCUCAACGGGCAUCGAGAACACCGUGCUCGUCGCUGUGUCGCGUCUCAAGAGUCGCGUUCCUCCUCUCCUCUCUGCGUUAGCGUCUUUCUCGUAGCAUGUCCACUUGGUCUGGUUCUUCUUACCCUCCACCUCCCCGCGCACGUUCGCGCUCACGCUCUCCAUAUCGUGCUUCCUAUCCUGCUAGACCUGGAUAUCCGGAGCCUGGGUAUCCUCAGGAUCCCUACCGUGCCGAUUGGGAGGCAUAUGACAGGGAGCGCGCAUGGGCUACGUACGAGAGAGAAAGAGCUGCGUAUGAGUAUAGUAGGCGUGGCAGGAGUCGUAGCCCAGGUCCAGACGAAGCUGGCAGGAAGCGCCGGCGCUCGUUAUCACCUUGGGAGAGGGACAGGGAUAGGUUUGAGCCAAGACCUCGCUAUGGGGACGAUUAUGACGCGCAUACGCGUGGGUAUGGGGGAUACUCUCCGCAUCGUGGUCAAUAUCCGCCACCGCCUCCGUAUGGAUCAUUGCGACGAGCCCCUCCAGACCCGCAUACCCUCGACUAUUCUGCAUCACUGAAACAGUAUGCAGAGUGGUUUCGGUACUACUAUCCUCAACAGGCGACGGAAGAAGACAACGCGGACAAAGCUGCCGAGCAGGAAGCCGGCGACGGGUCCAAACCUCGCAAUGGGAUCAGGUCACGCUGGGAGAAAUACAAGAAGGAGUUCGCCGCUCAGCAGCUGCAGCGGAUGUUCGAGCAUCAUCGCAAGUCUCCUUGGUUUGCGGAGAAGUACGACCCGUCUCCGGAAUUCGUGGCGCUACGCCAGCGAGUGAGGAGAAUUGGCUGGAGAGGCCGAAUGGACAGCUUCCUUUUGGACCUUGAAGCCGGGAAGUACGACCCCGAUCUCAACGAGCCAGAAGCAGAAGCAGCCUCCCCAGUCAAAGAGUCGGCUUCUAACGGCGAUACAACGGCCGCUGCUGCCGAUGCCGGUACUGCUCAAGCGCCUGCUGAGGAGGCGAAGCCUACUGUUAAUGCAAGCAAUGCCGAGGACGACAUGCAGUUCAAUGUGGAGCAAGAAGAUGACACCGGGGAACAGGACGCCAAUCGUCAGGAUGCUGGUAAAACGUCGGCCGACAAUAGGCGUAACGUUCGUGGAGAGGAGUAUGCAGUACUGCCUGAAGGCAACCAAGUGAUGAUCCGUACGAUUCCUCCCGAUAUCGGACGUGUCAAGUUGGAAGAGGCUUGCGACAAAAUUCCAGGAUUCGUGUAUCUGGCGCUGGGUGACCCUCUGCAGAAGAAGAACUACUAUCGCGCAGGCUGGCUGAAGUUUCGCGACGAUGCUGAUAUGCCGACAGCCAUGGCCGAGCUUGCUGAGAAAAAGAUCGAGGGCUUCAAGUUGCACGUCGCCCACAAUACCAAACCUUUCACGGGUAGGAUACGCUAUGCCCCUGAGGUUGCUAGUAAGCCGGAUCGGAUAUCGAAGGAUCUCGCCAAUGUAAAGAUCCUCGCUGCCAUUUUGGAGGAAGAGUACGAGACCUUGAGGACACUGAAGAUCCAAUCGAGGAAAGACAAUGGCAACGAGGCUACUAACGGCGACUCCUCGAAUACCGACGUAGCAAUGGCUGACGCUACCGGCGCUGCUGAAGAAGACCCGGAGCCUAAAGAACGGGGUAGUGAGGCAGUAGAGAAGCGUAUUGAAAAGGUCAUGGCCAAUCUGCGUGACCAAGGUUUGGUCGAUCCGGCCGACGAGAAGGCUAUGGAGCAGAAAAAGGCUGUGGUGGCGCUCGACUUGUAUCUUGCAUAUCUGCGCGCUGCGUUCCACACAUGCUAUUAUUGCGCGGUAGUAAGCGAUCACGUUGAGGAAUUGCAGCGCAAGUGUGUGAAGCACGUGAGGAAACCUAUGUCCAAAACUCUGCUCGAGGAAGUCAAAGCCGCGGAAGCAGCACAGGCGCAGAAGGUUGAGGAGGAGCAGAAGGUCAAGGGCGAGGGAGAAGAGAAGCCAAAGGACGCGAGUGGCAAGGAGAAGUCGGAGAAUCGCGACUGGAAGCGAAACGACGAACGUUGGUUGGAGUGGCUGGACUCGAAGGUAGCUCUUUUGAUCAAUCGCGAUGGCGUGGACCCCCGGGAUUACGCUGGCAAGAACUAUGAGGAGGAGUUGUCAAAGGCUGCUGAACCCCACAUCAAGCAAGAGGAUGAGGGCAAGUUUAGGUGCAAGACCUGUCAGAAGCUGUUCAAGGCGACCUCGUUCGUUGAGAAGCACAUUGCUAACAAGCAUCCUGAGCUCGUGAAGUAUCUCGAAGAGAUACCAUACUUCAACAACUUCGCGCUUGAUCCUCAUCGUAUACAGCCUUUCGCUCACCCACCUCCGCCCGUUGGGAACAGUCAAGCGCCCCCACCUCAAGCAUAUGGGCUGCAAGGGCCAGCGUACCCUGUAGCCGCGGAUUACGGACGAGCACCCCACCCUGCACCGUAUGGGUAUCCGCCCCCAUACUCAAACGCUGGUCUUUGGGAUCCGUACGCGUACCCAUAUGGCCCCAAUGGUUACCCUCCACCGCCUCCGCGUAGGGAUGACGGUGUGACAGCCCGGCGACUGAGCGACCGCAUAAGCGGGUAUGCACCGGGUUAUGAUCCUGCCGUCGAAGUGCCUCCUGUCCCUGCCUCGGCUGGCUUGCCUGCGAAACCGGUGGCAACCUUGGAACCGGGACCAGGUGGUAGGCGAGGCGGACGCAACGGAAGCGUGAGCGGUCCCCCACCGCCGCCACCGCCCGACGCCAAGGAGGACCCCAGAGCGAGCGCAGGACGGAAGGUCAGUUACCACGACAUGGAUCUGGUUGCCGAGGGGGACGUGGAGCUACAGUAUUAAACCGUUGUGUACCUGAUAUUCGGGGCUGGUUACUAUCAGAUUUGAUCAUGAUUUGCGUGGUAUGUGCGUGUGUUGGGCGUGGAUCACCAGUCUGAAGACCUGUACGGCGAGCAGCCUCUGCCUCAUCUGUCGAAAUGUUAUAUGUGCCUCACCGCAGAGAAUACGAAAUCCACUUCCAAGCAUCUCCGCCAGGGACCACCACGACCCAGAACAUUUGCAGUAAAACAGUCGUGGUUCGUCGCCGCUGCGCUCGGAUUGAUUCAAGGUAGUUGAAUCGGUGUCUCCUGGUCCAACCUUGUUGCACGGUGGCACUGCCGAGAGACUGCUCGCCAAAGAGACUGAAAGUAUGUGUCAUGUUCUGCCAUCAUCCAGUCUGAGCCUGCAGACAUCGCAC